AGGCCUCGGCCGUCCCUCCCCGGCGUCCGUCCAGCGCAACUCCGCGGCCCGGCAGCCGGAACCCGGGGCCCCGCGCUCCCGCUCGGCCUCCCUCCCGCCGCGCCGCCCGUCCGCAGGCCUGCGUGUCGCGGGUGGGGAGCGAGAUGUCCACUCUGCCUCAGAAGGAAUCCAGGGCACCUGCCACCUGUCUGGGCUCAGCCUCCACACAGGACCUGGACAGUAACUAUGGGGAUGGUCUGGAAAGAGAAUGCUCCAGAAAACCAGACCGGAAGGUGUCAGAGUUCUGUGGAGUGGGUGAUCCCACUGCCAUGUUGUCCUCGGACAGCUCCUACCUGUCCUCUAGGGGAGGCGUCAUUAAGUGGUUCUGGGACUCGGCAGAGGAGGGUUACAGGACCUACCACACGGACGAGUAUGAUGAGGAUAAGAACCCCAGUGGCAUCAUUAACUUGGGCACCAGCGAGAACAAACUCUGCUUUGACCUGCUGUCCAGUCGGCUGAGUCAGAGCGACAUGCUGCGGGUGGAGCCAGCCCUGCUGCAGUACCCUGACUGGAGGGGACAUCGGUUCCUCCGGGAGGAAGUGGCCAGAUUCCUGUCUUUCUACUGCAAGAGCCCCACACCCCUUAAGCCAGAGAAUGUGGUGGUUCUGAAUGGCUGUGCCUCUCUCUUCUCGGCUCUGGCCACGGUGCUGUGUGAGGUGGGGGAGGCUUUCCUGAUCCCUGCCCCUUACUAUGGAGCCAUCACACAGCACGUCUAUCUCUAUGGCAAUGUCCGUCUGGUCUGUGUCUAUCUGGACAGUGAGGUCACUGGGCUGGACACACGCCCCUUCCAGCUCACUGUGGAGAGGCUUGAGAUGGCCCUGCAGAGAGCUAAUUCUGAGGGUGUGAAGGUUAAAGGUCUCAUCCUCAUCAACCCCCACAACCCUCUGGGCGACAUCUACUCCCCAGGAGAGCUGCGGAACUACCUGGAAUUUGCCAAGAGGCACAAGCUGCACGUGAUGGUGGAUGAAGUCUACAUGCUGUCCGUGUUUGAGAAGUCGGCAGCCUACUGCAGUGUCCUGAGCCUGGAAGGGUUGCCUGACCCCCAGAGGACCCAUGUGAUGUGGGCAACCAGCAAGGACUUCGGGAUGUCUGGGCUCCGCUUCGGCACGCUGUACACAGAAAACCGGGACGUGGCCACUGCGGUGGCCUCCCUCUGCCGCUAUCACGGCCUCAGUGGCUUGGUCCAGUACCAGAUGGCACAGCUGCUCCGGGACCGUGACUGGAUCAACCAGGUGUACCUACCGGAGAACCAUGCCCGGCUCAAGGCUGCCCACACCUAUGUGGCAGGAGAGCUCCAGGCCCUGGGCAUCCCCUUCCUGAGCCGCGGGGCGGGCUUCUUCAUCUGGGUUGACCUGAGGAAGCCUGAACCCCUGCCACCCUCCCAGUUCCUGCCUGAGGCCACCUUUAAGGAGGAAAUGCUGCUUUGGCGCCGCUUUUUGGACAACAAGGUGCUGCUAUCCUGUGGCAAGACCUUCGAGUGUAAAGAGCCCGGCUGGUUCCGCUUGGUCUUCUCGGACAAGGCCCACCGGCUUUGCCUAGGGAUGCGGAGGGUCCGGCAGGUGCUUGGGGGCAAAUCCCAGGUGGCCGAAGAGCCCCAUUCCUGUCAGACCCGGGAGCCAAGGAGCCAGCACAGGUGAGCUGGUCGUCGCUGGGGGACAGCAGGGCCUGGCAGCCACUGCCAACCCGAGCCAUUUGGGGCUGUGAAGACCGACGGCGGAUGGGCCAUUUGUCAGGCGGGUACCCGAUGUGACCUCACCCCCGAAAAAGAACCAUUCCUGGCCCCUCUCAGGGGCAGUGAGAGACUCCUUCGGCUGUGCUCUGCUUUGGCCCCUCCCCCUCUAGUAAACAAAACUGGGAGAACCUAGAAGCCUCUGUGGUGAGUAAUGUACAGAAUGGAGGAGUCGUGACUGCUCCUAAGCACAACCCUUCACCCCCCUGAGAUCCUGAAAAGAAAACAAUGUGUACCUUCUUUGGAUGGCACCGUCCUUCCUCCUUUGUUGCCAGGGAAACAAGUCAGAGGACCAACACAUAUAAGAGACAACAUGCCCAAGAAAUAAACAAGGGUGAUAAUUCCCAAACCCCA